UGGUCCGCGACCCGGAAGUGCGCGUGCGGCCCGGGCAGCAGGCGGGUAAGCGGGUCUUCGGAGUAGGAGCGCCACGUUUCUAAGACACCUUGGCGACCUGGCUGUGCAGCAUGUGUGAUUGGCGACUUGUCUCCAGAUGCAGAGCGUCCUGUAUCCUUGGCACAGGCAGGUCCUGAGGUGUAGUUGGAGUAGAUUGUGCCUUCUGAAGCGAUACCUGUUUACAAUGAAGUUGCAGUCCCCAGAAUUCCAGUCCCUUUUCACCGAAGGAUUGAAGAGCCUGACAGAAUUAUUUGCCAAAGAGAAUCAUGAAUUAAGAAUAGCAGGAGGAGCAGUGAGGGAUUUACUGAAUGGGGUGAAGCCUCAAGAUGUGGAUUUCGCCACCACUGCCACCCCUACUCAGAUGAAGGAGAUGUUCCAGUCAGCUGGCAUUCGCAUGAUCAACAACAAAGGAGAGAAACAUGGGACUAUCACUGCCAGGCUUCAUGAAGAAAAUUUUGAAGUUACUACACUCCGAAUUGAUGUUACCACUGAUGGAAGACAUGCAGAGGUAGAAUUCACAACUGACUGGCAGAAAGACGCUGAACGAAGAGAUCUCACUAUAAAUUCUAUGUUUCUAGGUUUUGAUGGUACACUGUUUGAUUACUUCAAUGGUUAUGCAGAUUUAAAAAAUAAAAAGGUUCGAUUUGUUGGACAUGCAAAACAGAGAAUUCAGGAAGAUUAUCUUCGAAUUUUAAGGUAUUUCAGGUUUUAUGGCAGAAUUGUCGACAGACCUGGUGACCAUGACCAUGAGACUCUAGAAGCAAUUGCAGAAAAUGCCAAAGGUUUGGCUGGAAUAUCAGGAGAGAGGAUUUGGGUAGAACUGAAGAAAAUUCUUACUGGUGACCAUGUAAACCAUUUGAUCCACCUGAUCUAUGAUCUUGGUGUGGCUCCUCACAUAGGUUUACCUGCUAAUGCAAAUUUAGAAGAAUUUAACAAAGUCAGUAAAAAUGUUGAAGGCUUUUCACCAAAACCAAUGACUCUUUUGGCUUCUUUAUUCAAAGUACAAGAUGAUGUCACAAAAUUGGACUUGAGAUUGAAAAUUUCAAAAGAGGAGAAAAACCUGGGUUUAUUUAUAGUUAAAAACAGGAAAGACUUGAUUAAAGCAACAGAUAGUUCAGAACCAUUGAAACCAUACCAAGACUUUGUGAUAGACUCUAGGGAACCAGAUGCAACUGCCCGUGUUUGUGAGCUGCUGAAGUACCAAGGAGAGCAUGGUCUUCUCAAAGAGAUGCAGCAGUGGUCUGUCCCGCCGUUCCCUGUGAGUGGACAUGACAUCAGGAAAGUGGGUAUUUCUUCAGGGAAGGAAAUUGGGGCCCUGCUACAGCAGUUGCGUGAACAGUGGAAGAAAAGUGGUUACCGGAUGGAAAAAGAUGAACUACUAAGUUACAUAAAGAAGACCUAAAGAUGAGCCCUGUAUGAAACAGGGGAAGUCUUGGUAAGGCUGGUGUUCUCCCCUCCUGUGUUACUGAGACCCCAAAACCAGCAUGAGUGUAGGUAGAAAAACUAAGCUCAAGUCUACCUCCUGAAUUUCCCAAUGCUUGUGGAGCAGUGCUGUUGAUCUUAAAAUGUAGUAACUGUUGAAGAGAAACUAUGUUUUCUUAGUGGUUUCCUGAAUGAGUCCAUAGUAGCAUCUAUUUAUAACAGGAUUGUUCUGAUUUCAGAAAGUUGCAGGAAUAACAGGAGGGCUUGUGCUGAGACUCUUGCCUUUAUAUCAGGUGCCACAGAUAGUGAACACAUUGUUUAUUUUACAAGUUAGAUGGAUAUGGCUUAGCUUUCUGAUAGCUUACAUAGUUACUUACUGCAUAGCUGCUCAUAGAUAUCUGUGUACUGUACAAGUAAACAGCAGCUUUUGGAUUUUGAAUUUUCUUGAAGUCAAAUAAGGUGAUGUGCUAUAAAAGGGCGUGUCAAAAUCUACUUCACCCAGGUCAGUAAAUACCUGGAUUUUAAACUAUGGAGUUUCUGCUGUUGUCAUCUGCACAGAUGGAGUGACAUCAAAGCUGCUAUAUUGUGUAAGAUUCCUUUAAACAGUCCUAUCUGAAAGUAAUGGUAAACAGUCCAUGGAUCAUCAGAUUAUACUGCAGCAGUAAAGGCAUAAUUCCCCACUCCAUCACAGCAGCUUGAAUGAAACACAAGUAGAACUUUUGAAAAAAUGACAUUAAGGAGCAGCCUAUUCUUGAGUUGCAUUUUAUUACGUACUUACACUUUUCAGUAUUCUACUUGAUUACUUUGACAUAAUUCAGCCAAAUAGAAUAGAUUUGGAUAUUUAUGUUUAUGUAAACCUGUUUCCUAAAUGGUAUAAUCCUAGAAAUAUAUACUGUUCACUUAUAUUUGCAAAUAAAAUGCAAAAUGGACAUAUACAUUAGUUAAAGGGAUCUAGCACAUCACAGGCUCAUCAAAUCAAAAGUGCAACUACACCAAAUGCUGCUAUUUCUGCUCAGAAUACUUAGUUACUCUUUAAUAUGUUCAAAAUGUACAGGUCAGUAUCUCAGACAAGCUAAGGAAAAUUGAAAGGAGCAAAGUCCUUUUAAAAUUACACUGCCUUGCCUCUAUCUUGUGCUUACCAACCCAGUUUCUGGAGCAUUCAUCAUUUAGAGCUUCAUCAUUUAGAGCAGUGGUGCCCCUAUCCUGUUCCAUGGCCAUUCCCAUUAUUUCAACUGUGUUUUCCUAUCCUGUCAUGACAUAGACUCAACAGGAUAAUCCAUGGCACCAAGCUACUAAAAAGCAAGUAUUUUGGAACCCAGCCUUAUGUUUUAUACUGCUUUCUCAUUCCCUAAAUAUGCUCUUGAACUUGGUAGGCAAAUGCUGUAACCCACUAUACACAUAUAUCAGAGGCAGUGAUGACUGGGCAGAUCUGACUUGAGGAAAUAUCUGUCAGGAAGUCACUCCUACAGGUGCACUUAUAAACAAAGUAUUACUUUGUCUGGACUUAUUUCAUCUUCAGUCUCUGGAAUUGUGGGUAACAGAGCAGAGCGAGUUAAGCCCCAAAAUUUUUGAGGUGACAUGUCUUUUUUUGUGGCUGUAAAUUUCCAUCCAAUAUGGCUUGCACAGAUCUUGCACUGGGCAAUGGUCCAUGCAUACCUAUAAAAUGAAGGAAAGAUAUAAGUUAAAACCUAUUUUUAGCCUUUGUACUAGGCUUCUCGUGAGAUUUCUCUGACACCUCAAAUUUACAAAGCCACCCUGUUAUAACUGGAUAAUUUAUUACUGCACGUGUCUAUAUGUUGCUGUUGGCUCCAGCUUUAACCUCACAGCUUUCUUCUCCAUUUCUGUUGGAGAUGCACGUGAAGGUGAUGCAGGAGAGCAUGAACCCCUGGAAGACAGGCAAGGCACUUCUGCUCUCAGGGUACCAUUUUUCUCAGGUAGAGGAUUCUGCAUAUUAAUGUUAGCUUUACAGUCCUCAAGAAUGAUGCCAAAUAAGAGGAUUUUGUUCAAGGAUAAUAAGAUAAUAAGUCACUAAUCCCUAAUUCUUCUGCCACUUCCAAAGUAAAAGGGAGAGCAAGGUUAAAGCAAGCUAGAGAAAGCAGGAUUUACUGGUUUCUACAUCUCAUGUCCCUGCUUUUAACCCAUUCAUGAAGUGAUCAAACUAUUCCUGUCCUGUUUGUUUUGUAUCUUCCUAGAAAGUUCAUCUAAAACUAAAUGAAGAGUCAACAAGAAAAGUAAACAGCUGUAUUACCCGGGAAACCAGCUGUGCACUGUAGAAGGCCGGCCUAUCAGAUUCAGGUUGGACGCUUUAUACACAGUCAGUGUCUCAUGUACAUAUCCAUGAGGAUUCACAUAUGCUGCCAUUGGACCACAUAAGGAUAAACUACAGACAAAGAAAUAAUGUGGAGAAUAAGACAAUGAAAAGAAAAAUAGUAAUCCCAGUUUUUUACUUAUUUGGGACAUAAGUUAUGCUUUUUAACCUUUGAAUUUUAGAUAUUAUAUAGUACUUUGUGUAAAAUGUAAGACAAGUAUACAGGAGGUUGGCAGAUAUUCUGUUGCUUAAAAAUGUUCUUUGAUGAUUCAAAGGUAAAUAUAUGUGUUUACAAAGCCUAGUGAGGUCAUGUUUUCAUCUUUGGACAUUUAGUUACUUUACCUACAUAUCAGUUUCCUGACCUUCUUGAUCUGUAGUUCUAAUGAAUUCAUCAAAGUGUUAAGCUUCACAGCAUCAGCACAUGUUCAGAGACCCACCCAAUUUUGGUCCCGUGUAGCAGAACUAGCUGAAGUAUAAUGCUUGAAGCAUUCCUAUUAUGCUUUAAGAUAGGAUGUGUCUAAACAAAAAUUGAGGGGAAAAAGACUGUAUUACAGAUGUUUCCAGGCUGUAAGACAGCUUGCCCUGUGUUUAUCUCCUUUACUGAGAUAAACGCAUAUUUUUUAGGCACUGGAGAAAAUAUGGAAAGUGGAACCACAGAAGGGAAUAUGGAAAUAUAUUAAAAAUGUAAUAAAGAUCUUACCUAAAUAUUUCA